GCCGGGUCGGAGCCGAGCCUGCCUUCCGCUUCCCGUGCGGCCCGGAAGAGGUGUGUGGGCUCGCCAUGCAAGUCUCCAGCCUGAACGAAGUGAAGAUCUACAGCCUGAGCGCCGGCAGGAGCCUCCCGGAGUGGCUCUCAGACAGGAAGAAAAGAGCAUUACAGAAGAAAGAUGUGGAUAUCCGUAGAAGAAUUGAACUUAUUCAAGACUUUGAAAUGCCCACAGUUAGCACCAAGAUUAAGGUAUCAAGAGAUGGACAGUAUAUUAUGGCAGUUGGAACUUACAAACCGAGGAUCCGCUGCUAUGAUACUUACCAGUUAUCCCAGAAGUUUGAAAGGUGCUUAGAUUCUGAAGUGGUUACAUUUGAGAUUUUAUCAGAUGAUUACUCAAAGAUUGUCUUCUUGCAGUGUGACAGAUAUGUGGAGUUUCAUUCACAACACGGACAUUACUACAGGACAAGAAUACCAAAAUUUGGUAGAGACUUCUCUUAUCACUACCCAUCAUGUGACCUGUAUUUUGUUGGAUCAAGUUCUGAAGUAUACAGGCUAAAUCUGGAACAAGGAAGGUUUCUGAACUCCCUGCCAACUGAUGCUUCAGAGAAUAAUGUUUGUGACAUCAAUCCUGUACACUACUUAUUUGCUACAGGGACAGCUGAGGGUAAAGUGGAAUGCUGGGAUCCUAGAACUCGAAAUCGAGUUGGGCUACUGGAUUGUGCUUUAAGCAGUGUGACAGCAGAUACAGAGGUGGAUUGUCUGCCAUCUAUUUCAGCGCUGAAAUUUGAUGGAGCUUUGAAUAUGGCUGUUGGAACAUCUACUGGGCAGGUUUUAUUGUAUGACCUUCGGUCUAGUAACCCACUGAUAGUCAAAGAUCACCAGUAUGGCCUGCCUAUUAAGUCAAUUCAGUUUCAGCAUCAGUUGGAUUUAAUAAUCUCUGCAGAUUCUAGAAUCAUAAAGAUGUGGAACAAAGAUACCGGGAAGAUAUUUACUUCAAUGGAGCCAGAAUAUGAUAUCAAUGAUGUCUGUCUUUAUCCAAAUUCUGGAAUGCUAAUGACUGCCAAUGAAGCCCCCAGAAUGAAUAUCUAUUAUAUGCCAGUUUUGGGACCUGCCCCUAAAUGGUGUUCUUUCUUGGACAACUUGACUGAAGAGCUGGAAGAGAACCCAGAGAGCACAGUUUAUGAUGACUACAAAUUUGUAACCAGAAAAGACCUUGAAAAUUUAGGCCUUGCUCAUCUCAUUGGAUCAUCAUUGCUCAGAGCAUAUAUGCAUGGUUUUUUCAUGGACAUAAGGCUUUACCAUAAGGCAAAAAUGAUGGCCAACCCUUUUGCUUAUGAAGAAUACAGAAGAGAGAAAAUAAGACAGAAAAUAGAAGAAACACGUGCACAGAGAGUUCAGCUGAAGAAACUUCCCAAGGUCAAUAAAGAGCUUGCCCUCAAACUGAUUGAAGAAGAAGGAGAGGAACAACAGGCUACUAGAAAAAGGAAACAAAAGAAUCUGCCUAGCCUUCUCAAAGAUGAUCGUUUUAAGGUCAUGUUUGAGAAUCCUGAUUUCCAGGUAGAUGAGCAGAGUGAAGAAUUUAGGCUACUUAACCCACUUGUUUCUAAGAUAAGUGAGAAAAGAAAGAAGAAACUUAAGCUCUUACAGGAGCAGGAAGCAAGAGAACAGGAAGAGGAGGAAGAACCAGAAGGAAAACCAAGUGAUGCAGAAAGUUCUGAGAGUUCAGAUGAUGAAAAAGGUUGGGUUGAAGAGGUCAGGAAACAGCGCAAGCUUCUGCGCCAAGAGGAAAAAGUAAAGCGGCAGGAAAGGUUCAAGGAGGAUCAGCAAACAUUACUAAAACCUCAGUUUUUUGAGAUUAAAGAAGGAGAGGAAUUCAGAAGCUUCAAAGACUCUGCCAAAAAACAAAAGUUAAUGAAGAAAACUCUCGGAGAUCGUUUAAAGCUUGAAGAAAAACUUGGCACACUCAAUGUAUCUGAUACGACAGUGGGCAGCAAACAGGCUACGUUCAAAUUAAAGAAGACCGAGCACCAGAAGAAACAGCAGGAAGCUGAGAAGCAGCAUCGUCAAGAGAGGAAAGCUCUCAGGCGCUCUGCUAGUCAUCUCAAGAGCAAACAUGGAAGAGGACAACGGUUUCAUUGAUUUAUGUUAUCUUUUUAAGAAACUUUUUAUUUUUAAUUUGAAAGAGGGGCUUUGCAGUACCAGUGCAUUUGUAUUUUGUUUCAUUGAUGAACAGAAACCAGAACUUGUAAACUCUGUCUUAGUUAUUGAAAAGUUAAUGAAAGUGUAAGUAUUGUCCAAGGGACGCGGUGCAUAUGGUAUGUUAUAAACUCCAGAGCGAACUGUAUUUGUGCAGAAAUCACCAGCAAGUGGUUAUUGUGUAACCCUGUAUGUUUUCUAUAUAAGAGUUUAUGUAUACAAUGAGGCUGACUGUCUUUAAUUUAAGAAAACUGGUUUUGCUUUCUGAAGUCUUUCUUUAUGACUUUUUAGAUACACGAUCGGGAGAAAAUUAUUUUGUCUAAAAACUUUGCUCUACAAGAGCACAACAAUUUUUUUUUCUUUUAUGCUGCUUCUUGUAUGACAUAACAACUAUGUUUUUCAGAAAUUGGCUUUGUCUCUUAUGUUCUGGGUUGCCUGUAUGUCCAAGAGGAGGUAAAAAUGAUUGCUGUGAGAGCAACUGAGAAUGGCAAAUUGAGAUUUCAUUGAGUCAUCCUAUAAGCAGGAUUCUCUUUCCACACUCAUGUACAAAAGAGAAUUGGAGAAGAAUAGUCAAGUUAAAUUUUGUGAACAUUGCAUUUAAUCAGAAACGGUUUGAUAUGUUUUGGUAAGCAAGCCAUUAUUCAAAGUAGGUUAAAUAGUGUGUAUUUGCAUACAAGGCAUAUUAAGGCCACACAAGUAACCUCCAUUCCUCCGAAGUUGGUUUAGGUAACUAAGUUAAGAAACUAGGACAUAUGUUAAGAAUAUAUUUAUUUUGUGUCUGUUAUUUUUGAUUACCAACAGAAUGCUUGUUGCUAAGCGGGGUAGAGCAUUUCUUCUUGAUACAUUUUUAAUUUUUUUUUAAUCUAAAAAACCCUUAAUUCAUGUAUGUCAUAGAAUCAUAGAAUUGCUCUGGUUGGAAAAGACCUUAAAGAUCAUCGAGUUCAACCACGACCAAACCAUGCUACCCUAACAGCCCUCCACUAAAUUGUGUCCCUGAGCAAACUAGUGUAAUUCACUAGUUCAGUGAAUAAUUUCUUUUUACCUUUGAUCUUAGGGGAGCUUUGUUAUUGCUUUUUAAAUGAUUUUUUAAAUUGUCUUUUCACUCUAUCCAAGAACUUUGGAUCAAUGAAUCUAAAUCAAAAAUCAAUGAAUCUACCCAUGACUAUAAAUCACUUUGAGACUUGGAAGUCGUUAAGAGUUUUGCUUUAUAAACCAGAAAGAUUAUUAAUCCAUUCAGAUCUUCUGGACGGUAUUUAUCGUACUAUUGAACCAAAAAGUUAUGGGGAAAUCUUGCUUUCUUCAAGCCUGAUGCUUUUCUAAAUCAAGAUUUAUUGUCUUUUAGAUGUAGGAUAAUUGAUCACACAUUUGGAUUUUUUUUUCUCUCUGUUUUAAUUGUACCUGCUUUCAUUUCUUGCUGCUGGUUUCAAUUAUAUUGUUUCCUUUCAUUUAAAAAUGUGAUUUGCACAGUAUAGGUACGGUGAGGCAAACUAGAGAUAGGAGUCUGAGUAAUGGAUGCCAGCCAUUCUGGAAAAUAAUCCUAGAAAAUUGGUGGCCUCAGAUAGCAUUUGUAAAUGAGAAUCUUAGAGUUGACUCAAGAGUCUGAAUGUUCAUGAGUGGCCUGUGUAGCUUCAUCAGUUGUGAUGUGCCUCUUCAGAAGGAAGACCACUGCAUUGUAGAUUCUUCUGCUUUCUUUGCCCAGGAGCACCUGCCUUGUUGAUGGUUCUUUGUUCAUUAAUUUCUUUGUUGUGCACUUGAUUGCUCAGUUCUUACAUGAGAUCAUAAUGGAAUAGGCAGUCAUGUAAUAUGCAGAAAAUGCAAAGCUCUGCGCAGUCUUCAUCUUAGCUACAAUUCAUACUCACCAAUGGUUGAUGCAGAUUUUGAAAGACCAGUGAGAAUUAAUCAGAAACAGGUCUGUAGUUCUAAAGGGGGUGCAGUCCUGCAAUAAUCAGGAGCAAAGUUCAUGAGCUCAUGGUAAUGAAGUUCCACCAGCAGACCAAAUUGACAAGUCUGUAAUGAAAAGGCAAAUCCAAGGGCAAGCUAGCAGGUACGGAUCAGGGAGGUACUUGGGUGGGCCUGGGCAUACUUGCAGCAUAGCUUAGAGGAGGAUCAAGGGUGAUGCAGUCCCAGUCAAAGCCUUUGGCAAAGCUUUCCAGUGCUUUUUCACACAACUCUUCUCGUAGCAGUCCGGUACCCAAUUACUUGGCUGUACUCUGCUAGAGCUGGCUUUAAGUACAGGCAAUGAAACCCUUGGCAAAGGAAGAGGUAGCAGAGCCUGUUAGUGUACUUAGAGAUUUGGCAUGAAGCAUGUUCAGAUUCUUGGGAUUGAUAAAAAGCAUUGAUAAAAGACUAGAUAGGAGGGGAAGAUUUGAGAGCUUCAACAGAAGCUGACAUAUUGAUGCAGCAUCAUUGCAACUAAUUAACUUCAUAAUGCAGCCAAAAAAGGCAUUUAUUAGGGUAUCGUUUUCGUUACAUCAACUUUUAUUUAGCUAACCAUACCACUUUCUGUACUACAGGAAUCAUUGUUGAUUCAGUAUGGCCAUUCCUAGAAGCUCAGCAGCUGCUGAGGUGUUUUUUUGUAUUUAAGAUUCCUGCUCUGAGGUCAGUGACUGUAUGCUGUGGCCUUCUGGAAACCCUGACUUUUUGUAUGUAUGAAAUUUAGUGGUGAUAAUCAGUUAGGAAAAAAAGAAAAAAGAAAAAGCUCACUGUGAGUAACUUCCCUUUUAGAGGUUAAAUGUGAGUGGAAUUGUGGAAUACUAGCAAGAGCCUGAAUCUGAUGUAUUUGAGUACUUGAGCUUAUACUUGAGUACUUCUUUAUUCCACAAGCACUGUUGUUUACAUCAGGCCUUCAGUCAUUCAGCUAACAAUGAACCAGAAUUUCUUGUGUAAUUUUCUUUUAAAAAUGCUAUUAACAGACCAAGAAGCAGUUCCUGUGGCUGCAUAAUUGUUUGAAAUGGAGGGCAUUCUCCAGUUUACACACAACAGGAGUGCUAUGCUCCUCAACUGUGGCAAAGAGGUUCUGCUGGCCAGCAAAACUCCAUGCUUCACUCUCUAACCAUCUCCUCACUUAGCAGAUGAUGGGUGAUGUGAAGCACUCAGUCUCUAUUUUGUCUCUUGGCCCAGGAGGUUAUGAGGAUAUUUCAGAAGUGAUUCGAUUCUCUCAGGGAUACCGUGACAUCACAGAACUUGCCUUCCCAGGCCCAAGAUGGUGCGUUGGGCAGUGGCAUGAUUUACCAGGUAUGUUUCUGGCCACCUGGUUAGAAACCUUCUACCGUUGUGAGUAUGUAGUGCAUGGUCAUUUCACUAGGCCUCGCCUUAUUGGAAUCCUUUCCACAGGUUACUGUUCUGGAAGCACUUCAAUCACACAGCUAGCUUGAUUGCAGCACGUUCCACACUGCUGGGUGAGCUGUGUGGUAGCCUCGAUGGACAGGUCCAUCCCUCAAUCCAGAGCCCAUCUGUGUGUGGCAUCUCUCCACAGACACCCUGAUAUUUCAUGGACUCAUGAAGCCACAGACAGCUCCUAGUCGAAGGAGGGCCACUUCAGUUUUUGAAACCCAGUCUACUUGCUUAUUUUUCUGGUAUUCUUCAGAGGUUUGUUUCUUGAGUAUGUGAGCAUCUGUGUGCUGUACUUCUACAACAAUGUUUUCUGCUUGGACAGCAAUGUCUUGUAUGUCUUGUCACAGUGCAACAGCCCAGAUGAGUUCAUCUCUGCACCACUACUGUUCUGCUUCCAUUGCUGUAGCCACUCCCACAGGGUAUUUGGCACAAUCCAUGACCCAUUGUAGAUUACUGUCUGCUUUCUUCUUUGGGCAGUUUUUAGGGCCAGUUGGAUGUCUUUUACCUCUGCAAAUAGGUUAAACUUGCCUUCUCCUUCAGUACCUUCCUCAUCUCAUCACGUUGGACUCUAUACAGCAGCUUUCUACUUCUGAUGGGUUCCUGCAACAUGGACAGGAUCCAGCAGAGACUGAAACAUGCAAUUUCUAUCCUGUUCUUGAGCUCAGGGUGUAUUUUCAUUCAAGUAUUCCACUGGGGUUUUUUUAUGAUUCUGCACUUCAGAGAUGAAAUUCAAAACCAUCACAACCAUGACAGGUACCUGUCCACGUUCUCUCACAUACCUUGCCACCCAUCACCACAUUGCCUUGGGGCGGAUACCUGGUGAUAUUCUUAACUAAUUGUUUAAUCCUAGGAAGAAAUAGAAGCACAUGGAGACUUAGUAAUAAGAGUGUGUUGGUUUCAUCAACAAAAAGAACUCUCUACCAAAAUCAACCUAUCAAUGUGGACAAUUUGCACAUACUCCACCCCUCAUCCUAUUACCACAUUACUACCUCACAUAUUCUUCACAGCUGUUACGUCAUAAAUUCUUCUGUUACAUUCUUAGUCAAUGUCCAGUCUGUGUUUUGCCCAUUACUUCUCUGUGUUAUCAUUCUCAAGUUUAAUUCCUUGAGCCCAAAGGGGAUGCCACAAACAACUGAGGUGGUUUCACACUGAUGGGCAGCCUCUCUCAUCCAGCUCCUCAUCUUGUACAAGAUGUAACACCUUUUCUGUGUGCAUGUGUUUGCAUUAGGUGGGAAAAUGAGUAAUAGACCUGAGUUCAAGGAAGAAAGACUCAAAGGGCAAACUUCCAAUUUUGUCUGCAAGUAGCAGAACAGCUUGCCUGGGGAGUCUGUGUGGUGCCCACUGGAAGAUUUGCAAUGUCAGAUGAAACAUCUGCAGGAACCCCAGAGGUACAGAUGAGCGUGUCUGAGGAGGGGGAGUGGAUAUGUAAACCUGGGAGGACCCCUCAAGUGUGGUGAUUGUGGAGUUGGUUGUAGCAGGGAACAGGCAUGCGGCACUAAUGACUGGAGUCAUUUUUCCCUUUUGCCCCAUCCUUCAGCUGAAUUGCUCACUAGUUUUAUCUUUGUAUCUCUUUCAUGAAGAUUAAGUACUUUUUUGGUGUGAAUCCAUAGUUAAUAUAUUUUGUCUGAUCUUGGGAAGCAUGGGUUUUAUAAGAUGAAUGAAAGUGCAUAUAUCUAUUAAUAAACUUCAGCUCUUGAUCAUUA